AUGUCAAAUGCAAAAUCAAGCAAUGGGCACAAUUUUGUUUCAUUUAUUCCUCAAUUCAACGAUGAUAAUUACGAUUAUUGGAGCAACAAUGUGAAGGUGCUACUAAAAGCCGUGGAGUUGUGGAAUAUGGUUGAAGACUAUUAUGAGGAGCCUGAACAUAAACAUGCGCUCACUCAAGAACAAAGAAUUGCAUUGAAGAAAAAUCGAAAGAAGGAUAGCAAGACCCUUUCCACAUCUAUCAAACAGUUGAGAUGA